AUGGCCGACCCCACCGAUCUAAAUCUCGACGCGCCUAGCGACCUUCAGGACAUCCCUGAUAUGCCAAUGCAGCAGUUGGUUCCUCCUCCGGAAGGCACCUAUCCUGACAAGGACACAUUGCUGCAGGCCGUGCAAGGCCAUGGAAAAGCUCAUGGAUACAAUGUGGUCGUCAAGUCCUCGAGCACUCCAACCGAAAAGAAGCCUGGACGCACCGCCAAGGUGUGGCUACGGUGCGAUCGCGGUGGACACUAUCGUCCGCGCAAUGGUCUGACAGAGGAGACAAGAAAACGGCGCAGAACGUCGCGGUUAAUGGAUUGUCCAUUUAUGCUGGUUGCAGCUGGUACUCCUGGUAUUUGGACAUUGACCGUUCUAAACCCAACGCACAAUCAUGGCCCAAUUAUCGAAAAGCCCCGACAAUUGCCCCAUCACAAAGUGCGAAAGGGCCAAAUUGCGUCCAUCCCGUACGAUUGGCCACAUGAUGCCACUCUCACGCCCUAUACGACUGCUUUGAUAGUGAUUGACAUGCAAAAGGACUUCUGCGCAUCAGGUGGUUACAUGGAGUAUCAAGGAUACGACAUAUCCGCUUCCCAAGAAAUCGUCCCUAGGAUUCAGCAUUUAUUGGACACUUUUCGUUCAGCUGGCUUCCCAAUCUACCACACACGAGAAGGCCACCGUCCUGAUUUAUCUACUUUAUCCAGUCGAGAAACCUAUCGGUCUAGGAACAACGCUUCGGGACUCGGGAUCGGGUCCUCUGGCCCGCUAGGCCGUCUCCUGAUCCGCGGAGAAGUGGGCCACGAUACGAUAGACGAACUAUACCCGAUCCCUGGUGAACCGGUCAUCGACAAGCCGGGGAAAGGCGCUUUUUCGUACACGGACUUCGAACUUUUACUCCGAAACAAGGGAGUUAAGAACCUUGUCUUAACAGGAGUCACGACUGACGUGUGUAUAUCUACGACCAUGCGUGAAGCCAAUGAUCGAGGAUUCGACUGCGUCGUGAUGGAGGAUGCCUCCGCUGCCAGUGACCCGUCCCUUCACAUUAGCACCUUGGAAUCGGUCAAGAUGGAGGGCGGAAUUUUUGGUGCAGUAGCUAAGACAGAAGAUUUGGUGCACGCGGUUGAGAACUUCAAAGCUAUCACUGUGAAGAAGCUGGCUCCGCAGAUGACGGGUUGA